CGUGGAUAUCCAUUUCUCAGAACGGCCUCUAUUAUGGCGGCGCCGUGGUCCGACAUUAGAAAUCAGAACGACGGCGACACAACUGCCUUGCUGCGGCGGAAGGGAAUUCGGAGCGAGUACUUUCUGCUUAGUUUAUGCAACUGAUAUUCGAUACCGCUUCCGGGAACAACCGGCGUAGCGAGCUCAAAGUUCAGAGGUUUUGUUCAUGGAAAAUGCCGACGAGCUGAUCAGUGACGAGGCAUAGAGAUUCAUAACGAUGUAUGCGGUUAGAUUUCUACGCUUGAUUACAACUAGGGCUUCUCUUUCCUCUGUUAAUGUCAGCUCUGUUUACUCGCAGUCUAGAGCUCUAUAUGUUGGAAGGUUUGAGCCUUCAAUAAAUACAUGGGUGAACAACCUAAAGCCUCAAGUGUACAGUUCGAUAUCAAAGUUCCAAAAUCGAUUUGAUGUUCGAAAAUUUCAUCAGCAGUUCUCGAAAUUAAAGAAUCCGGGAGGUAAUUUCACUAUGUGCAAUGCGGUUGGUUUGUCAGCAUUGCUUGGAUCAGUUAGCAUAUGGCCACGCACUGCGUAUGCUGUGGGUGGCUUUGAUGCUUUGUUGGAUGAUGAUCACUUGGGCUUGCUGGCAAAUACCAAGUCCAAGAACGACUACCAGACUUUCUUGGUCUUUCUAAAGAAAUUGCUGGUUCCAAUUUUCCUAGCGUUAACUAUUUUUCUGAAUUGGGGUCAUCCACUGAUCAUUGCAGCGAAAGUAACUCUUAUUCUUUACACGACGAAGCCCAGCCCUCUCUCAAUUUACCUCUUUGUUGAAGAGUUGCGAAAUCAAGAAAUCCAAAAACAUCCAUUCAUCUAUAAAUUCAAGUCAUUGCAUGCAAAUAAAGUUGAUGUUGAAGAUUAUGCAAUUUUCUGUUUGGCUAAAGUGGAGCUAACUGAUCAGAAGUUCACCGUUGUUGGAAUUCUGGGAAGCUGGUGGGUUUUGCCUGUAUCAUCAUGGCAAGAGGGAGUUUCUGUGCUCAAUUACAGAUUCAGUAACAUUUUAAGCUGAGGGCAUACCGGCAUACACAGUGGCUCUGUUUGGCAAACCUAGCUGAAAAACUAUAAGCUAGGAGCUGAUAGCUGAAAAGGAUCUGAAAUAUGAA